GCCAUCCUUUCCUCUCUCAAAAGCUAAUACAUCAUGCACUAUUUCUCUCAGAACUUCAGCUACGAGCACCCAUGGUCGCAUGUUGUGAUUGGGAUGUGGCACAAGUACCCCAACCAACACUGCAGUCACGUCCUCUCCGUCGACGUCGUCGACCGCUCAGUCGACCCAAACACCGGGAUCAUCAGGACGGAGCGGAUAUUGGGCUGUAAGCAGAAGGCGCCGAUAUGGAUUGUCAAGCUAUUUGGCGGCUCAGAAGAUGCCUUCGUGCGCGAGAUCUCGUUCGUUGACCCCACAACGCAGACGGCGACGAUCACGUCCGUGAACCUCUCGCUCUCGCAGUUUGCGACCUGUAACGAAAACAUCCGCUAUUCGCCGGCACCCAACGGGCGCACCGCCUUCCAGCAGACGGCCGAGAUCCAGGCCCGCGUUGGGCUUUGGCGCAGCGCCGCCGACAAGCUCGAGAACUGGCUCGUGCAGCGCUUCGAGCAGAACGCACAGCUCGGCAAGCUGGGCUUCUCGGACGUGCUGAGGAAUAUGUGGGAAAACAAGCAGCAACAGCUGCAAGCAUAACGUCUGGAGAUGGGCGAUACACACACACCCUCCUUGUCGACCACCACCCCCUUUGGUCGAGUCGCCCCCUUCUCCGUUCACGACAGGCUCAUUCUUUGGUGACGCUUCAUAGAGACUAUCAUUAUCACUUAGAACCCAAAAGCGUCAUCUGUCGACGUAACUUCGAGUCUGGAUCUAUCACUGUACUACCCACAUAUUCUGGCAAUACGACCCCGCGCGUCGAUAUGUCGAUUCUUAUAAUGCUAUCUUCUGUACAUGGCUAGGGUUCUCAUUCGGGUCUUUCUACUUCUCCCUACUUAGUACAGCUUUCACAGAAUCGACAUUGUAGAUCGUCGUACUACC